ACGUAUUAAUGGCUGAAGCUUUGAUGUCCCAUUAUCCCGUCAAUUUUGUUACGAAUCGCUUCUCUCAUCGCACCAAAUCAAAAAUUCAUGGCAUACUGCAACUGGUGGGUGGCGCAAUGGCAUUGCUAGGUGCUUUCAGUAAAAUCUCGCAGACAGAAGUGCAUUUUACCACAUGGCAUGGCAAAAUCGGUCUUGCCGCUAACUUUAUGUGCUUCGCCAGUAUUACCGGUGGCAUCGUCAACUAUUUUCAACCGAAAUUCGUACACAAAAUUUAUAGUCCCGCAGAGGUGAAGUAUAGACAUAAUCUUUUUGGUAUGGUCACUUUUACACUCGGCAUGCUGACAAUCUUCCUCGGCUAUCGCACGAAAUUCGCUUACAAAUAUAUGGAUCCUGAAUUUAUUGUUGCCAUAAGUUUAGCCACUGUUUUAGUUUAUACUUUUACAAUGAUAGCACCAUUUCGAUCAUUUUUAGAUAAGCGUAAGUACAGAAGGCGGAGUUGAAAAUAGUUUUUUAAGAUUUGUAAAAGUGCAAUUAGUGUAAUGUACCUGGGAGUUAUUAAUAAA